AUGCGAUUGACGGAGAAAGGCUGGUACAGUGACAGGCUGCUGGUAUUCGAUUUGGCGUUCGAAGAAAUAUCUGCGCACGAUGACUGUGACUCCAUGAACUGCUCCAACCGCUCCGAUGGUGUGGAAAAUCCUGAGCUGAUCCCAGCCGUUUGCGCGCGCUCCUCCUCCUCCCAAACCCACGCCGACACCGAUGCCGGCGGUCGGGGGGUGUCCAGCGGCGGGAGCACCCGCCGCCUCGCCCGGGGUAACAACACCGCCCCCUCCUACGACCGCCUCGUCACCCUCUUCUCCGCCGACGGCCGCCUCUACCGAGUCGGUGAGUGCGUACGAGAACCCCCGCCCCCAACCAAAACCCAAAGCUGCUCCACCACGCCGGCUGUGCUUCUCCGCGUCUCCGCCGCAGAUUACGCGUGGAACGCCGUGAGGCUGGCGGGCGUCACCUCCGUCGGCGUGCGCGGGGCCGACUCCGUCUGCGUCGUCGGCCAGCGGAGGGCGAGGGCGCCGCCGAAGGACAAGCUGCUGGAUACGGCCAGCGUCUCGCGCCUGUUCCCGAUCACCGAGCGGGUGGGGUUGCUCGCCACGGGGAUCGCAGGUGAUGGAAUGACAUUAGCUCAUAAAGCAAGGAAUCAAGCUGCAGAGUUUCGUUUCAAAUGGGGAUAUGAAAUGCCUCCUGACAUAUUGGCACAAUGGAUUGCAGACAGAGCACAGAUCUGCACCCAGUAUGUUUCCAAGAGACCUUCUGGAGUUGUUGCCAUGAUCUUGGGCAUUGAUGAUGAAAAAGAAACUCCCCAGCUCUUUGCAUGUGAUCCUGCUGGAUAUUUCUUAGGCCACAAGGCAGCAAGUGCUGGCCACAAAGACAAGGAGGCUGUCAACUUUCUUGAGAAGAAAAUGGAGAACAAUCCAUCAUUAUCAUUUCCAGAAACCAUUCAGAUGGCAGUAUCGGCAUUGCAGUUCGCCCUGAAGGAGGACCUCAAAGCCACAGAGAUUGAGGUGGGGGUUGUCAGGAAGGAUGAUCCAAUUUUCAGACGACUGACAUUGGCUGAAAUCGACGAGCACCUGAAAGCUACCAAACCAACCCUGUCAAGCAGAGCUGAAGGCUGAACAGAACCAUCUGCUCGUCCACUAGUCUUGC